AUGAAGAUAACAUUAUUUGUGGUUUUGGCUAUAUCAGCGGUAUUUGCUGGUGUUCCUAGUCCCGAGGAAACUAAACGACUCAUGGAUCAUCUUUCGGACCAAGAACAUUUUAGGAAUGAGCACCACAAUAAACAGUUUGAUCAUGACGCGUUCCUCGGUGAAGAUCAGGCGAAAACUUUCGAUCAACUUCCGCCUGAAGAAAGCAAGCGGAGACUUGGAAUAAUCGUUGACAAGAUAGAUACGGACAAUGAUGGAUUUGUGACGCUCGUGGAACUGAAGGAUUGGAUUCGAUACACACAGAAGCGGUACAUCGAAGAAGAUGUGGACAGACACUGGAAACAACAUAACCCUGAAGAUAAUGAUGUGCUGCCUUGGGAGACGUACAGAAAGAAUGUGUACAGUUUUAUGGAUGAAAUGGACCAAAGAGAGCUGAAGACGCCCAACAGUGAAGGAUUUACUUACGCCAACCUGCUGAAGAGGGAUCGCAGGAGGUGGCAUUAUGCUGAUGGUGACCAGGAUGAUGCGCUAAACAGGACGGAGUUCGCGUUAUUCCUGCAUCCCGAAGACCAUACUGGAAUGCGCGAUGUCGUUGUGCUGGAGACUAUGGAGGAUAUUGACAAGGAUAAUGACGGCAAGGUGUCAUUGGAGGAGUACAUCGGAGACAUGUACAAGCCGGAGGAUGGUGAUGAAGAAGAGGAACCUGAUUGGGUGAAGCAGGAACGUGAACAGUUCACCGGUUACAGGGACACUAACAAGGACGGGUUCAUGGACGAGGCGGAGGUGAAGGACUGGAUCGCACCUCCGGAGUUCGAGCACGCGGAGGCGGAGGCGCGCCACCUCGUGUUCGAGGCGGACGCGGACGCGGACGAGAAGCUGACGCGCGCGGAGGUGCUCGACAAGUACGACCUCUUCGUCGGCAGCCAGGCCACGGACUUCGGCGAGGCCUUGGCCAGGCAUGACGAAUUUUAAUACUGCAACUGAUCUUGCCUUAAUGAGGCAUUUGCCUUUUCUAUGUUAACUCACUGAUGUGUAAGUUUAACCCUUAAAUGCAUAAUUAUGCAUUUAUAUGUCAGUCUUCUUUACACAAUAGACUUUUUUCAUUAUUUUUACUUAAUCUAUAUUUAAUUUACUACCUGUUUCAAUGUAUGGUAUUUAAAAAAAAAAAAAACAUGCCUUUAAGGAUUAAACUAUCGUGGUUUUCACAAAUGUAAUGUUUGUUGAGUUGAGUUUUAGCUCCCGAUUUUAACACAGUUUCAAGAAAUCGAUAUAUUACUAACAUUAAACUCAAUAAUGCCUCAAUGUAGUUGAACAAGUUUUUAAAUUUUAUUCAUCUCUAUUUGCUGAUGCCUCGGUAAGACAUCUUAAGUUUUAGCUGUUUUUUAUGUAAACUUAAUGCCUCAGCAUAGUUGAACGAGUUUUAAUUUUAUAUGUAAACUCAGUGGUGCCUCGUUGAGGCAUCUUGCCUUUUAACUGUUUUUAAAUACAUUCAGUAAUGCCUCUGUGUAGUUGAACGCUUUUUAUUUCUGAUUCGGUGAUGCCUUAAUAAGGUAAAUUAAGUUUUUUUAUUAACUGAUUUAUAGAGAUUUAAUUUAACCAGAUAGGGACAGA